AUGGGGAAAGAUAGCGAUGUGCCGCAACCCGGUCCCGCGCGCCUUUCGAAAGGCGCGGGGCCGGACGAGUGGUUAGAGCAGGCCAAACAGUGCAAAUACCUGCCGGAGGCCGAGAUGAAGCGCCUCUGUGAGAUUGUCAAAGAGUGUCUUAUGGAGGAAUCCAAUAUCCAGCCUGUCCGGACACCCGUAACAGUGUGCGGUGAUAUCCACGGUCAGUUCUAUGACCUUCUCGAGUUGUUCCGCGUUGCUGGUGGCAUGCCUAGCGACGCCCCGACCGCGCCAGUUGCUCCCGCCAUACCUCCGACCAUAAAGCCCGAAGAUAUCGAGCCGCCAACUACGAUAAAAGACCCUAGAGCUAAAAGGAAAAUGAAGAGGAGGUUCCAGAGCGAUGAAAGAUAUACUGGCCCAAGUAGUCCCAAUGAGGGUGGAGAUCUGGAGGAGGAGGAGGAGGAAGAGGAGGAGGAGGAACGCGGCCGGAGUAGGAGUAUCACUGGCCGAAGAAGUACAGAGGAAGAAUCAGCUGCGCCCAAUGUCCCCGCAGGUAACGGGCAACAGAACUUCAUUUUCCUAGGUGACUUCGUAGACCGAGGUUAUUUCAGUUUGGAGACGUUCACGCUGCUGAUGUGCUUGAAAGCCAAAUUCCCUGACCGAGUCACGCUUGUGCGCGGAAACCACGAGUCCAGACAAAUCACUCAAGUCUACGGUUUCUACGAGGAGUGUCAAACGAAGUAUGGCAAUGCAUCCGUGUGGAAAGCCUGUUGUCAAGUGUUUGAUUUCCUUGCUCUGGCGGCCAUUGUAGAUGGCAAGGUUCUCUGCGUCCACGGAGGGCUCAGUCCUGAAAUCCGAACGCUGGAUCAAAUUCGCGUUGUCGCGAGAGCGCAGGAGAUCCCGCACGAGGGCGCCUUCUGCGAUCUAGUUUGGAGCGACCCGGAAGAAGUCGACACCUGGGCGGUCUCCCCAAGAGGAGCUGGAUGGCUUUUCGGCGACAAGGUUUCAUCAGAGUUCAACCAUGUGAACGGAUUACGACUUAUCGCUCGAGCGCAUCAGCUUGUUAACGAGGGCUACAAGUACCAUUUCAAAGACAAAGAUGUUGUCACCGUCUGGUCCGCACCAAACUACUGCUACCGCUGCGGCAAUGUUGCCUCCAUUAUGAACCUAGGCGAAGAUCUCAAACCCGAAUUCCAGAUAUUCAGCGCUGUACCUGACCAUCGACGCGCUGUACCAGCAGGACGGGGUACCCGCGGUGAAUAUUUCCUUUGA